AGUUCUUUUAUAAAAAAAGAUGGAAGUGUAGUAAUGACUAAUAACCUAAAUCUUGGAAACAGAAAAAUAGUUGGUCUAGCAACUCCAACAACAAACACAGAUGCUGCAAACAAAAAGUAUGUGGAUGAUAACACAGCUGCUCCAGAUUUGAGUGAUUAUUUAGAAAAAGAUGGUACUGUCACUAUGACUGGGAACCUUAAUGUUGGUAAUAAUAAAAAAAUAAAUCUUAGUAAGCCAACCCAAGACAAUGAUGCGGCAACCAAAAAUUACGUCGACAAACUAGUUCAUCACACUGCAGUUCAACCAAGUCAUUAUAAAGAUGAGUUUAGUUAUCUCAUGUCAAGUGGGGCUCAAUGGACUGAUGAAACGGGUGGAGGAACCAGUUUUAGUAUAGAUAAGAUAGAUGACUUACCACCAAACAAAGGAAACUUUCACGACUAUAAUCACAAAGUAAUUUAUAUGUCAAUAUACAAUAAAACUGGAUAUAAAUUUAAGAUGGGAAUGAAUUUUUACCGUCUACCUACAAAUACUGACUUUACCCUUUGUCUAGAAAUACUCAACACUGAUUAUAUUCUUUGGAAUAGGACACAAAUAAGUGUUGACAAAGGAACGUCAAAAGGAUUGACAAUAGGAAAUGUUACUAUAAAAAAUUUCUCCCAUAGCUAUACUGAUUCAAGGGGUAAAACAGCUACUAUUUACUACCAUAGGAUAAUAGUUAAUUUUCGAAAGUUGUCAUCUGGGAAUAGAUUCUUUCUUCACAUUCUUGUUAAUAUUCCACUGUCUAGUGUUGUACAUUAUAGAUUUCCAUAUAAAUUUUCAGGAGUUUACAUGAUUGCCUAUGGAAUUGUUGGUACAUUUAGCAAUAUCGAUCCAGAUAAAGUUUACGAUUAUCACACCGCAUUUGAUAUCAAACCAACAGAAGUGGUGUACAACGUUGAUAUAAACGCAAAUAAUAAAAAAAUAUUAAACAUUAAUCUCGAUAGAAACACUGCUAACAGUGCUGCAACAGUUGGAAUGGUAAAGGAAUUAGCUCCUUACACUGUAAAUAAUUUGUACAGAGAAUAUUUUGAAGAAGUUUUUGAUUUUAGUGAUGCAAAUAAUUACAAAUUAAAUAAAACUUCAUCUGGCAUUGUUUUUAAUUAUUUGAAAUCUAUUACUGGUAAUACUGCAAGAGAUAUGGGUAUACCUAAUAGAACCCUAGAUGAUAUAAGAAAAGAAGGUUUAAAUAUUAAAAAUUAUAAAGUUAGUUUUUCUCCUACUGCUGGUAUACAAAAAUAUACUUUUUGUGUUAUUUUUUAUCAUUGGAGAAAUAGAGAUUUUAGCCUAACAAAAGAAGAUUCAAGUGGUGGAAGGUUAAUAAAUAUAUACUACAAUAAAACAAACAACAAAGUAACUUUAACUGUUAAUAAUAAAAAUAGCGAAAUACCUAUGCUAAGUGAAUUUAGUGGGAAAAAAAUUGUUUUAUGGUUGAUAGAAGAUCGUAACCAAAAUGUUACAAAAGUUAAAAUAAGUAGCUACAACUCAAUAUUAAGCUUACCAGUAGUUCGUUACACCAACGACCAAGGGUUUGUGUUUAUGACACAAGAUGGUAUAAUAGAUAAAAUAAUGUUUUCUCCAAACUUUUACGACACCGACUCUGUUGAAUAUCACAAGAUAAUUUUACAAGAAAAGAUAAAUGGUAGUUACAUAGAAUAGUGGGGGGAGUGCCUCCCCCAAAACCCCCCUUCUGAUAAUAUAAACAAAAGAAUUAAAUGAAGGAUAUCUUUGAAUUCAAUCACAUAGAUAAAUCUCUUUCAGAAUCAGAGGUUAAAACCCUAAAAGACUUUUAUAGUCACUACCACAAAAAAUGCUGGUGUUUUAAGAAAUCGUAUAAAAGUUAUAAAUUUCUUGAUGAUGUUUUUACAAUCUCUGGAAUAUGUUUGGUUGCAAUAGGAACUAUUUCUGGUGGAAUAACCCUAAACCCUGUUGUUCUCGGAGUAGUAAAUGGAGCUGGAAUUAUAGUGGCGGGAAUUGGAAAGAAAAAUAAUUAUAAGAGAAAAAUUGAGAUGACAAGGAUUGCAUUCACUACUUAUGAAAAAGUACUUGUUGAACUGCGAUCAGCUCUUCGGGGAGAUGAAUUUAAUAAACAAGAGUUUGUUGAUCGCAUGAAGUUGGUAGAUGAAAUGAUAAUUGACCAAACACCUAUAGCAGAUAGAUUUGUUAGUAGGUAUGGUAAAAAGUUUGAACUAAGUAAACAGUGA